AUGGCUUUUGCGUUGCUGUUAUGGAGUUCAUCGGAGGCAGCGGGCACCAUUAUUGAGACGGCGAGAGAACGAGGACAAGAUUGCGGCGGAACCUUGCUUCACCGCUUCCAUCGCGUACUCCACCUGGAACAGCAGACUGAGCCUUGUUCACGCAAGCGAGGACCACGUGGGUCUUGGAUCGGAGCCCAAUUGCGGCGGCGGGAGACAACCCUCCUGAUUAAGUCCCUGCUUGCGGUGGAAAGUUGCUUCCGGUUGAAAGUGAAGGCUGACAAUUGCUACCGGGGUGAGGCCGAGUGGGGUAGAGUAAAUGUCUAG